UCUACGGCUCGCUGCCUCGCUCGCUCCGAUGCCGCCGAGUUUUGCAGCCACUUGUAGCUGGCGGAGCAGCCGAGGCGGCGGCGGGACCCGGAGCUCCGAGCAGGGCGAUGGGGCAGGCACUGACGCGCCGCCUGGGAGCUGGAGCUCGCGCAGCGCCCCGCAGGGCGAUGGACCCCCGAGCCCCGCGCGUGCAGGACGCCCCGGCGGUGCCCAAGUCGCUCUCCGCGCCGGCAGGGAGAAAACCAAAAGCCAAGGCUCCACUCCCCCCUGCUGAUUCCAAAUGCAUCGAUGCCUCUUCAGUUGAUGAUUCUGCUUUCAUCAUGGAACAGAAAGAAAAUACGAUAGAUAGAGACAUUGAACUCUUAGUAGUUCUACCUGGGGAUAUUAUCAAAUCUACUACUGUUCAUGGCAGUAAACCUAUGAUGGACUUGUUAAUAUUCCUCUGUGCACAGUAUCACUUAAAUCCAUCAAGUUACACAAUUGAUCUUUUGUCAGCUGAAAAUAGCACCAUUAAAUUUAAACCAAACACACCAAUAGGAAUGUUGGAGGUGGAGAAAGUAAUUUUAAAGCCAAAACUUUUGGAUAAAAAAAAGCCUAUACCUAUCAUACCAGAAAAAACUGUGAGGGUAGUAAUCAAUUUUAAGAAAACACAGAAGACAAUAGUGAGAGUUAGCCCUCAUGCAUCACUUCAAGAACUUGCACCUACUAUUUGUAGCAAAUGUGAAUUUGAUCCAUUACAUACACUGCUGUUAAAGGAUUAUCAAUCACAGGACCCCCUUGAUUUGACAAAAUCUCUAAAUGAACUGGGACUACGAGAAUUAUAUGCCAUGGAUGUCAGCAGAGCCACUUCUGUUACUGACUUCAAUAAAUCAUCCUUACAAGAGUCCUGCCAACUACCACAAAAUCUAGACAUUAUGAAGGAGAAAGAAAAUAAAGGUUUCUUCAGCUUUUUUCAACGCAGUAAGAAAAAGCGAGAGCAAACUGCAAGUGCUCCUGCAACCCCUCUAGUCAGUAAACAUCGACCAACGUUUAAUAGGUCAAAUACCAUCUCAAAACCAUAUGUUUCAAAUACUCUGCCAUCAGAUGCACCCAAGAAGAGACGGGCUCCAUUGCCUCCAAUGUCAGGGUCACAGAGCGCCCCCCAAGACCUUGCCCACAUCCAAGAGAGACCAGAUUCUUAUGUAAUAAAAUCCAUGAGUGUGGACGAAACAAAUAAGAAUCCCUGCGGAACCGACCUAGUCAGGACAGGUUCCCUGCAGCUCAGCAGCACCUCUGUUGGGAAUUCUUCUUUGAAAAGGACUAAGCGUAAAGCACCUUCCCCACCUUCAAAGAUAUCCCUACAUCAAAGUGAUGAAAGCAUUCAGGAUUCUGAUGGUUUUUCAGAAACAAACUCAACUGAAGUUCUAUCAAGUCCAGAUGCCUCCCUUGGCCCUGGGCUACCCAGUCAUGAACUGUGCCCUGUGCCCAAAGAAGUCUCUCAGUGUUCUGGAUUGCCCAAGACAGCUGUAGCCACAUUGAAAUCUGGAAUAAGCUCUGAUUUUAGCCUUGAAGAGAUAGAUGAAAAAGAAGAAUUGAGUGAAGUGCCUAAAGAUAAAGUUGAAAAUCCCUCUCUGAAGUCACAGGAUCUUCCUUUUGGAUCUACUGAUAUAAGUACAUCGAACACUGAUCCUGACUCAGUCCUUGGCAGUGAUAAGGAAGAGUCCUCACAAAACUGCAAAGAAAAACAAGCUAGAAACACAGAUGGACAAGGACCAUGUGUUAUGGUGCAUAAUGCAAACAUUCAAGAAAAGCUACCUGAUAAUAUAAGAAACUUAAAGUCAUUGGAUCUUAAGCAAGAUAAUGAUGAAAAUAAAAUAAUUGUCCUUACAAUGAACACAGAAGAUAUAAAAAAUGGAGUGAGGAGGACAGAAAUUACUGUAGGAGAUGGUGCUAAAAAUAACGGCGUGGACGUGGAAGUUGACAGACUCUCAAACAAUGAGGCACAUAAAACUCACACUGCUCAAAAUUAUAAGGAAAAUGAUCUAGCUAUUUCAAUAACACCAGAUCAAAAACUAAAUCGGUCCAGUAUAGAAAAGACAAAAAUGCAGGAUGCAGCAAUUCAGACAGCCCCUCCUUCUUCUAACAGUUUUGAUGGAAAUAACAAAAUCCUAAAUUUGAGUAAUGCCAGAGUUGAAGAAAACAUACAAGCCUUGAAUAAUGACAAAUCAAUUCAGCAUUCAUCUUUAAAUUCACAGGAUUUUGUAGAUACAUUCAGAAAAUUAAGAAAUCAGAGUUCCCUCAGUGUAGAUGCAGAACAUCAGUUUACCAUAAAAGAUCCCAUUUAUGCACAUGGUAAUGGUGAUCUUUUGCCUCCUGUUGAUGAGAUUGAUAAAAAUUCUACUGCCUUUAAUAUGAAGAAUUAUCCACUUUACAGACAAGACUCCAAUCCCAGACCCAAACCAUCAAAUGAAAUUACAAGAGAUUACAUACCCAAAAUUGGAAUGACAACUUAUAAAAUAGUACCACCCAAAUCCCUGGAAAUGCUGAAAGAUUGUGAUUCAGAAUCUAUAGAUCAUAAAGAUGACCAGGAAAGACAUUUUUCAAGAAAAACACACUGUCAUCAGAAUGUGGAAGAUACUACAAUCCAAUCAGAAGAUGCUGUUCUUUCUGAAAAUCCAAAGGAGAGCCAGUCAGAUUCUAAACAAAUCCUUCUCCAGAAAACAGACCCUCUGGUGCACACUACCGAUCGCUCACCACUUAGCCCCACAAUGAAUCUUUCGAAACCCGCUUCUAGAAUGAUAAGAGACACUGGCGUCAUUCCCUUUGCACCCAAGUUGGAAGAUAUAAACAAUAUUUUGGAAUCAAAAAUUAAACCUCAAAUUUCAAACCCUCAGGCCAAACCGAGUUCUUUUUUUUUGCAGAUGCAGAAAAGAGCAUCAGGCCACUAUGUAACAUCUGCAGCUUCUAAAAGUGUUCACUCUGUGCCUAAUCCUGUGCAAAGGGAAAAAACACAAAAAGAAACGGAAAGGAGCCCUCUGUCUUCUCCAGAGCAAAUGCAUCCUACCUUAAGUAAAACUGUUCACUCUCCUCCACCUUUGUCGCCUAGUAAGUCCAUUGAUAAUGGCAGCUGCAGUCAGAAGCCUAAGGAAAGCUCUCCUCCUCCCAUUGCACCAAAACCUGCAGCUCUUCUCUCAAGUCAAUUCUCAUCUUUAAAUCUGAAGACUUUGAAAACUUUUGGAGCCCCAAGACCUUAUUCAAGCUCUGCUCCUUCUCCUUUUGCCCUGGCUGUGGUGAAAAGGUCUCAGUCUUUCAGUAAAGCACCUGUGGGACCCUGUAGUGACAGUGCCUCCACCCCACCCCCCACUGAGACACUGGAAGGAAAGCCACUGCCUGCGAAUUCCUGCAAGGACAGUUCACAGCUCUGUGUCACGGAUAAGGAAAAUGAAUCUGCAUAUAAUGAACAGAAUUCCCAGAUACUAUCUUCAGCUGACUGUCCAACAUUCCCCCUUAAGAGACAAAGUUCUCUAACAUUCCAGAACUCCAGCUUAGACCCAGAACAGAUCCGGCUGAGUUUGCUGACUGCAAUCCGUUCAGGAGAGGCGGCUGCCAAAUUGAAAAGGGUUGCUGCUCCAUCAAAUACAAUCUCUGUGACUGGUCGGUCAGGACUCAGCCAUUCCACAACCUCUGAUGCCCAGGAUGACCAUUAGAUGCCCUGUGUACCGGCACUUCUCCACCACCACUGCAUAGGACAACUUCAGACAAAUGAAGAAUGUUGGCCAAAUGUAUAUUUAGAUGUACCCUAAUAUAUUAUCUACAGAUCAUGAGCUUGUACUGUGGCUACGAAUGGCCAAAAGAAUCAGCAGAAUUUAUAAUUUAUAAUAAUAUUUUCCCCUGUAUUUGCCUUAGAGCUGAAUUUGCUGCUUUAGAACUUUAAGACAGAUGUUAAUGAUUUUCUUUUUUUUUUUAAAUGAGAAAUUGUCACUUUUUGUUGAUUUCACUUAUUGACACAUUUGUCUACAAUGGUGACUUAGACAAAAGGAUAUUCAUAGACUAUUUGUAUGACACAUAGAAACUAACUUAUAAGUGAUAGAUCUGACAUCUGCUGCCUCAGUGUUAUAAUUUAAUCAGAAAUGCUUAUAAAUUAUAUUAAUGCCUGUUUGGAGCUGUCCAUAAAUGAUAUCAAAUAAAUAUAUUCAGUUCAACUGUUAAUUUCAAUGAUGAAUCAUGUACUAUGCAACCCUUAUUUUGUACACUCUUUAUAUAAUUAUAAACUUACUGUCAAAUUUAUGGAAAACAUAGUAUUUUGAUAUUUUAUUAAUGUGGAAUACUUGUUUUUUAAUCUUUAGAACUUAAAUUGCACAAGAUGAGUUUUAAAUAUUUUUAUGUAUAUAAGUAUGACAUCAUUCCACAGAUAUAAUACAUUGUAUGUACCAGAAGCCUUAAAAAUCUUCCUGUGAUAAAGUUGAAUAUAUUGUGACAAUUAUUUCACAUUUGUUAGCUAGUGAAGAAUAGGAGUUAGUUUACAUCCAUAUUGGAAAACUUAAGAGACUACUUGGAGGGUCCAGGAAUCCUAGUUUUAAUUAAAGUGAAAUGAUAAAGUCAUUAUAAGCUGAGAUGCUAAUAUUCUAAAUAAU